CCCGUUUACUAUACAUCAACCCACUGAUAGAUCAAAUUGUCGUCUUUUUGACCUCUUAUCCUCUAGCCAUCGUCUGGUUGUACUUUGAGGUUGAUGAUAUUCAGAAAUAUCAUAGAAGUAAGCGGCAAAAAUCGAUUAAGCUUGCCCAUUCUGAUAUCUGACGUUCUGCUAUACAAUCAGGUACAAACACUUACAACACUUCUAUUGACCUCUAGCAGAUCUUACAGCUUUGGCCGUCACAGAGGCUCCAAUUCGAGUUCGGGUUUACCAGUACAACGAAUAAUUGGCCAAUAUUUCCCAGUGUUUCCCAGUGUCGAAUAUCUUCGUCUUAAAUCUCCCAUAUACACUGCCUAUCAUCAGUCAUGUCCACUACCAAACGAUCUUCCAUGCUUCCUCCACCUCCCAAACCUCCCAUUUCUUUCUCAAACAAUAUCAUAAUUGCCGACCAUGCUUCGAUUAUUGGCACAAAUCUUAUAACCAUCCGGGGACACACAGUACUUCAUCCACGUACAAAAUUGAAUAGCACCUAUGCUCCCAUCGCGAUUGGCAUGCAAUGUGUCAUUGGUGAGCGAAGUUCAAUUGGCAUGUUGAGCGCUCCGUCUGAGGAACAAGCUCAAGGGGUUGUGCUGGAUACUGGUGUCGUUGUAGAAACUGGGGCUAUUGUUGAAGCAAAGUUCGUGGGACAGGGUAGUCUCAUUGAGAUUAAUGCAAAGGUAGGAAAAGGAGCUGUUAUUGGAAAGGUAUGCAUUUCACAAGGAUGUGAAUUUAUUUGAUACUAACAUUUGGUCCAGCAUUGCAAGAUUGGACCAAUGUGCGAAGUUGCAGAAGACGAGAUUAUUCCAGAUCAUACGGUGAUAUAUGGUAAUGGCUUGCGUAGAUUAGACAAAAGUGGUGUGGAAGGUCUUAAGAUGAAGAUGAUCGGUCGACAUGUGGAAGUACUUAAAAGACUUGUUCCUAGCAAUUUAUCUAAAUAUCAAUGAUACCCUUUUGAUUUCUCCAAAUACUCCUGA